CAGCCUCAACCUAGUCUGCGCCGUCCCUGGAAGGGCCAAUUCGGCCAUGUCUCCCAAGUCUACGAUACGUCUUCGGCCAUGCCGUUGCCUAACCAGGGCAAUAUCAACAUCCACGACCCCAAUGUCCUCAACUAUAAUGGCGAAUACUACUUGUUCAGGGGCGACUUCCAUAUCCCGUUCUUCAAAUCCUAUAAUAUGAGCGGGCCAUGGGAAGAAGUCGGCACCGUGCUGCAACGCGACAGUAUCAUCGAGGGCAUCCAGAACAGAUCACGACCGUGGGCCCCGACCACCAUCGAACGCAACGGGACCUUCUACUGCUACUACGCGCUAAGUACCCACGGCUCCCGCGACAGCGCGAUCGGCGUCGCGACAGCUACUGCUCUUGAUGGCAGCUCUUGGACAGACCACGGGGCCGUGAUUCGCACUGGCAAGGGCAAACGGUCGGAUGUAUGGCCGUACAACAUCACCAAUGCCAUCGAUGCGUCCUUUAUCUUCGAUAAUGCCACCGGCAAGCCGUACCUCAACUUCGGGAGCUACUGGCAUGAUAUCUGGCAAGUCCCGCUGUCGGACGAUCUGCUCUCUGUCGAGGAUGCCGACGCCCCUGACGCGGUGCAGCUUACGUUCAUGCCGGACCAGAAACAGAAGCCGGAGGAGGGCUCGUGGAUGAGCUACCGUGAUGGCUACUACUAUGCUUGGUUCAGCCAUGGUGCGUGCUGCCAGUUCAUUAAGACUGGGUUUCCGCCAAGGAACGACGAGUAUAGUAUUCGGGUCGGUAGAUCGAAGAAUGUGCGUGGUCCUUUUCUGGACAAGUCUGGCCAGUCAUUAUUGGAAGGCGGAGGAACUACUGUUUACGAAAGUAAUCAUGGUGAAGUCUAUGCCCCUGGUGGGUUGGGCGUGUUAGCUGGGAAUGACUCAGUUCCCGAUAUUCUGUAUUAUCACUACCUCAAUACGUCGAUUGGGUUCACGAAUGAGGAGGCUUUACUGGGCUGGAACUUUUUGAACUAUACUAGCGAUGGAUGGCCAGUGGUUGUCGACGGUAUCGACAUCAGCUCUGGAGCUUCCAUCAGGCGUCCUCGCUGGCUGUCUCUGACGAUUGUCCUCGGUGCAUGGCUGUAUAUAUGGUCAUAA